AUGAGUGACAAUCAAGCAUAUGCAACCGAUAUAGCCCAAUGGCGAGUAAAGUCCGGGUUCUGGCCCCUCGGCGAUCUGAUCGCGAGCACAGUGGAGGUCCUUGAAUUCGACAAGAAUAUAACUUCCAAAGAGGCAAAGAGCCUGGCACGUCAGAUCGUCAUCCCGCUCUGGAAUAAACAGCUCGCCGCUCAGCAAUCGUGGCCCCAGGAUGAAAGGACCAUCGCAGAAAAAUUCGCUGCAGCAUUCGAAUCCCUCGACAAAAACCACAGAAUACCAGCUCGCAUGAACUUCACCUGUUGCCGUACAUGCGGCGUCAGCGAGAUCGGCAUGGAUCGAGACGAGGAGGACGCAGUUGGUUAUGCGUUUUUCCACGAGCAAACGACGCAAUGUUUCGUCCAAUACCCCGGAGCAACAGUCAUGGUUUAUUAUGGCACGUUUCCGGGACGGGGAGCGGAGUGUCUGGAUGUCGCCAAUACAGUGGUGCGGGCCCUGGAAGGGGAGGGACUGAGCGUGAAAUGGAACGGGGACACGGCUAAAGCCAUCGAAGUCGAUUGUGACGAAUGGAGAAAACGACUAAUCGAGGAGGAAGACGAUUUGAGUUAUUACUAUGAGUGCGAGGAAGGGGAAGAUGAAAAAUAA